UUGGCUACUCUUAUAAAUUCGCUUGGUCGUAAACGUUUACCGGCAUUAGCAUGUGUAUAAUCGUUUGAGAUCAUGACUCUUGAAUCGAGUAAAGAAAGAUAUCAAUUGUUUAAUAGUCUCGCUAUUUUAUUAAAAGCUGUUGAAAACGAACGAACAACGGUUGACCUUCGAAAUGAAGCGUCAGUUUGUGGAAUCGUGGAGCACGCAGACGCUUACAUGAAUAUUGUAAUGAGAGAUUGCGUUUUUACCGAUCCUAGAGGUGAUACGUACUGCUACGAUAUGUUUUUCGUUCAAGCAAGAAACAUACGCUUCGUUCAUAUUCCGCCGAAAAUACGUAUAAUACCAGCUAUCAAGGAACAGUUGCAACAUUUAUUAAAGCCCAAAAGACCAUUUAUACAUACUGAACGUACAUUUAAAACAAAACGUGCUGAACAAAGACAACAAGAAGGGCUAGCAGCAGUGGAGAAAAUUUUAGAAGAUAAAAAGAAGGCAGAACAAAAUUUUAAUGAAAGUAAUACUGAUUAAGAUAUUAAAUAAUAAAUAAUUCGUA